UGCUGAGUAGACAAAAAUGACAUUUUUUGCUGUCUUAAAUUAUGCAGAGAUAGUGGGGACUGCAGAAAAAUGGGGAAGUAUUCAGUGGCCUUAACGAUGAGUUUUCUGGUGCUGUGCUUGUGGUUGCUGGCAGCUGCUGCUACAGAAGCCGAGGGGUACCCGAAAUACAAAGACCCCAAACAGCCACUGAAUGUGAGAAUCAAAGACUUGAUGAGGAGAAUGAGCCUUGAAGAAAAGAUUGGGCAGAUGACACAAAUUGAGAGGACGCUUGCCUCUCCACGCAUCGUCAAGAAGUAUUUCGUUGGGAGUGUAAUAAGUGCAGGGGGGAGUCCUCCACCUCCUAAGGCUUCUGCUGAGGAUUGGGUGAAUAUGGUGAAUGAUCUUCAAAAGGGUGCGCUUUCGACCCGCCUUGGAAUCCCAAUGAUUUAUGGGAUUGAUGCUAUUCACGGCCACAGCUUUGUCUACAAGGCCACUGUUUUUCCUCACAAUGUUGGACUUGGAGUCACCAGAGAUCCAGUCCUUGUGAAACGAAUAGGAGCUGCUACGGCACUUGAAGUUAGAGCCACAGGAAUUCCAUACACUUUUGCACCCAGCAUUUCUGUAUGCAGGGAUCCAAGAUGGGGUCGUUGUUAUGAAAGCUUUAGUGAAGAUCAUAAGAUUGUUCGAGCAAUGACUGACAUCAUACCUGGUUUACAGGGAGACAUCCCGUCUCAUCUCCAAAAGGGUGUUCCCUUUGUUGCUGGAAAGAAAAAAGUUGCAGCUUGUGCUAAGCACUUCGUGGGUGAUGGUGGUACGGUCAAUGGUAUUGAUGAAAACAACACCUUGAUCGACUUUCAUGGGCUGCUUAGCAUCCACAUGUCCCCGUAUUUUGAUUCAAUCAUAAAGGGUGUCUCCACAGUUAUGAUAGCAUAUUCGAGCUUGAACGGCAAGAAGAUGCAUGCCAACCAUGAACUUAUUACGAGUUUCCUUAAGAACAAGCUUAAGUUCAGGGGUUUUGUCAUAUCAGAUUGGAAGGGCAUCGACAGGAUAACAGAUCCACCCCAUGCAAACUACUCUUAUUCAGUUCAAGCUGGAGUUCUUGCAGGAAUAGACAUGGUUAUGCUCCCAGAAAAUUUUACUGAAUUCAUCGAGCAUCUGACUUCCCAAGUGAAGAAAAAUAUUAUCCCGAUGAGCAGGAUAGACGAUGCAGUCCGGAGGAUAUUAAGAGUCAAGUUUGUUAUGGGUCUCUUUGAGAACCCUUUGGCUGAUCUUAGCCUGGCAAAUCAACUAGGCAGCCAGGAACAUAGGGAAUUGGCAAGGGAAGCAGUGAGGAAAUCCCUUGUGCUUCUGAAGAAUGGUAAAAGUGCUAAUCAGCCAUUGCUUCCCUUCCCCAAGAAAGUUGGAAAACUGCUAGUUGCAGGGACUCAUGCUGAUAAUCUUGGAUACCAAUGUGGAGGCUGGACAGUGGAGUGGCAGGGUGUUCAUGGCAAUGACCGCAUAGUUGGAACUACGAUCUUAGAGGGUAUAAGAAAGACUGUUCAUCCUUCUACCCAUGUUGUCCAUAUGGAAAAUCCUGAUACAAACCUUCUCAGGUUACACAAGUUCUCUUGUGCCAUUGUUGUUGUGGGAGAGGUUCCAUAUGCUGAGAUGUAUGGUGACAGCAAGAAUCUGAGAAUCAUCGAACCUGGGCCACGCACUAUUAAGAACGUCUGUGGGAUUGUUAGAUGUGUUGUUAUUGUCAUUUCUGGGCGCCCAGUUGUAAUCGAGCCUCAUCUUGCAGAAAUAGAUGCACUCGUGGCUGCAUGGCUUCCGGGGACAGAAGGCCAAGGUGUAGCUGAUGUUCUAUUUGGUCAACAAGGGUUUACUGGUAAACUUGGAAGAACUUGGUUUAGAUCAGUGGACCAGCUUCCCAUGAACAUUGGCGACCCCCAUUAUGAUCCUCUAUUUCCAUUUGGAUUUGGGCUGACAACUAAACCUAGGCAGGAGAACUGAGAAGUUUAGUUCGGAGUUUUUUGAAGCUCUCUAGCUCUUCCACUACUCAUACUAUGUGCUUUAGAUACAAUCGUUUUAUGGAGCUUACGUCAGCAAAUGCAGAUUUUGUAUAGUUUAAUAAAAGGUAUCCGCAUCUUCAGAAAAUACUGUCUGAGAGCUUUUGACUAAGGCACUUGCUAACAUUUGGUAGUUUGAUUGGGUUGCUGUAAGGUGCAAAACGUGGAGAAUGUAUCAAUUCCAGUCGUUUUACAAGAAGUAAAACAUCGAUCCACAUUUAGUUAACAUCUGUUUUGACAGCAGCAAUUGACCUGUAACUCUAGGAAACGUAUCUCUGGAGAUACACUGAAAAAGUGCGUCUCAUCCCUAAAU